UUUGUUUUGUUACGUUUGGUGAGCACACCUACAAGAAAACAAAGAACAGGACAAGAAUGAACUGCCCAACCUGUUUUGUCCCAUCGUGGAAAAGUCAGUGGUACUGUCGUUUGCAUGUGCGCAGCAAAAGGGAGACGGCCAGUGAACACGACAAGCAAAGCAACCACUCUCCCCUCUCGUGACUGACGACAGCCAACGGGACUGCUCUCCCUCCGUCGUCUCCUUUGGAUGGGGCUUCAUCGUUGAGGGCCGGGGAAGAAGCAGUCAUAGCUUUGGUUUCCUCAAGCUACAAGUCCAGGUCUCCAAGAAGGAGAUAACACCGUGGUACUAGAAUGGGGGAUGAAGCUGUGCUGGAGAGUAUACUUAACGGAGAAAUGGGGCCGACACAUAUGCCAUUUGCACUUUUAGAGCGCAUCACGGAGAAUUUCUCCGAGGAGAGAAAAAUUGGCCAGGGUGGAUUUGCGUUGGUCUACAAGGGAAUUUACAAUGGAGAAGACAUUGCUGUGAAAAAGUUUUAUGAUGUGCAAACACUUGACAACAAGCAUUUUGAGAAUGAAUGUGAUAAGCUUAUAAAGAUCAAACAUCCAAAUAUUGUACGGUUAGUUGGCUAUUGUUACGAAACACAACACAAAUAUGUAGAGUACAAAGGUGUUUUGCAGUUUGCUCAUCACAUAUGCCGAAUUCUCUGCUUUGAGUACCUGCAGGGAGGAAGCCUAGAAAAUCACCUUAAUGAAUCUCGUGACCAUGACUGGCCGACAUGUUACAAUAUAAUAGAGGGGACAUGUGAAGCUUUAAAUUUCCUUCACAAGGGAUAUGGAUCACGAGUUCUUCACCUGGAUCUAAAACCCGGGAACAUACUACUGGAUAAGUACAUGGGGGCAAAAGUUGCAGACUUUGGAUUGUCAACGUCCUUCAAUAAAACCCGUAUCACAAAUACAACUACAGGAACAGAGUAUUAUAUGGCACCAGAGUUCAAGUCUAAAAGGGUGAUCUCACCUAAGAAUGAUGUUUACAGUUUAGGGAUUAUAAUCAUAGAGAUAAUGGCUGGACGUAUAGGCUACAAAAUUUUCAGUGCAAUGGAUGAUGACCCACAGGAAUUAUUUAUUGAGCAGGUAAUUACAAAUUGGCGCGGACGGAUAAAUGCAACAACAUCACCAUUCCCAUCAGCAGAAUUAGAUCAAGUGGAGACAUGCAUCAAAAUAGCAAUAAAAUGUGUGGAUCUUAAUAGAAAGAAUAGACCCACUGUAGCAGAAAUUUUGGCUGCCAUGCAGAAGACAGAAAAAAGGUUUCUGGCGGAAUGGAGGAAUCACGCAGAAUUUCAUGUGGACGAGAGCUUGCCCAUUCCCACUAAGAGUGAAUCAAGAGGUGGAAGUGGAGGUGAAGUUGUUGACAUCAAAGAACAUCCUUGGCGUCUGCAUAGUCUGACGAUUAGCUACCAAGGGUUAAUCGACGCCUUCUCGUUUUCUUACAUUGACCAAUAUGGGGAGAAGCAACAUGUAGGUCCUUGGGGCGAACAACACAGUUACCACAAAACUGAAACGAUCCGCUUCAGCCCUUCGGAGUUUGUAGAGGAAGUAUCUGGAGCUUACGGGAGUCAUUUCGAAAACCUUCUUGUGACGUCCCUUACAUUUGUCACGAACGUCAGAACCUACGGACCUUUCGGAAAUCCUAAUCAUCAAAAUGUGGCAGCAGCUCCUCUCAAGUUCAUGGCUGACGAGGGCAGCAGCAUCGUGGCGUUCCAUGGUAGAUCUGGUAGCCAUCUCUUUUCGAUAGGUGUUUACAUGUAUCCCAACAAUAAGAGGAAGGGCAGAACUCUUUUGGCACCGGUGAUUCCUGACGGCGAGGUACUGUGCGCAUCAUUUGUUUGCAUAGGAAAUUAUCGCUAAAUGCUUCAAAGAAAAUUUGAUGGCUUGUGAUUAUAUCGAACAUUAAUAUGUGCCCAAAAAGUGAAAAAAUAAAUAGCGAUGAUAUACCUUCUGUUGGCACACAGAUCGAGAACCAACCGAGGCACAUGAAAGGCCGUCGUGUAAUGCUAUUGGCAAUUGACGUAUUUUACAUGUUUUUUUCAGAAGCAAGACACCAGGGAAACCG